AUGCUAUUGGACGAUUCGAACAACGUGCGAACGGUCUGGACGCGGUCCUACUGGGACAACCUGGCGUCGCUGGCCCCGUUAUUGUCACACGAGCUCGGCUCUGGCGGGAACGCGCCCUUAACCGGGCCAGUGGCGCUGCUGGGGCUGGCAGGGGGCUCCGUGGCUCGCAUUAUAAGAGCACAGUGGCCGGAGGUUGGCGUGCAGGCGUGGGAGAUCGACCUAGUGGUGGUGGACAUGGCUCGUCGCUUCUUCUCCCUCACCACUUUGGAGAAACCCUCGCCUCAGGGGGGCUACCUGCAUGUGACUAUCGGCGAUGCUCUUGUAGCAGCUCCUGUCCCUCUACAAGGCACCAAUUCCUCUACCGAAGCUGUUACUGUAGGUGGUACUGCCAGUGACACUGUAGAUAAUGCUACUGUUGACGAUGCUACAGAAGGUAGUGCUACAGCCGGGCAGCAGCAAUUCAGUGGCAUCAUAGUGGACCUCUUCUCAGGUGGUGCCGCCCUCCCUCAGCUAGCAGACGAAGCCACCUGGCGGCACCUGAAGAACCACCUGAGCCCUGAAGGCAGGGUGCUGAUUAACUGUGGGGGGCCUAGCGGCAGCUUCGGCGAAUACCUGAAGAGCUUCGGGCAAAGCCAGUCUGUCGAACCAGAAGCAAAGGAGGGAGAGGAAUGA